UUGUCGGCCUGGAAUAUGAAAUAUGAAAAAUGUUUACAGCCUCUCAAUCAAUCGGCGACGAUGCUGGACCCAUCCACGCAGCUUCGUCCGGAGGAAAUCUUCGAGGGGAAGCUGAAGACAGAAUUCAGGAACUAUUCGGUAGAUUCCUCGGAUCCGAUCAAGGAACGAGUUAAGAAGACGUACUACAAUAUGCACACCAAUCAGACCGUCCAGUUCGUCAGAUCUCGAAUGGCGGAGUGGCUGCAAUUCAACAAGUUCAAGAUGGCCAUUAAGGACGCUUUAAUCAAGCUGAACGACAUCGUGGACGAAAGCGACCCCGAUACCGAUUUACCGAAUAUCGUGCAUGCCUUUCAAACUGCAGAACGCAUAAGAGCUGAUCAUCCUGACCUCGACUGGUUCCAAUUAACAGGAUUAAUUCACGACCUCGGCAAGAUCAUGGUCUUCUUUGGUGAACCGCAAUGGGCGGUGGUUGGUGACACUUUUCCCGUGGGAUGUGCAUGGGGCGAUUCCAUUGUUUACAGGAGUACCAGCUUCGAAAAUAAUCCCGAUGGAAACGACAGUCGAUACAAUACAAAGUACGGCAUGUACAAACCUCGGUGUGGCUUGUCCAAUCUUACGAUGUCCUGGGGCCACGAUGAAUAUUUAUAUCGGGUCUUAAAACAUAACAAAUGUAAACUACCGGAGAAGGCUCUGGCCAUGAUUCGUUAUCACUCAUUUUAUCCUUGGCACGCUGGAGGAGAUUACAUGUACUUCUGCACGAACGACGACAUGGAGAUGUUGAAAUGGAUUCUGGAGUUCAACAAGUACGAUCUUUAUACCAAGAGCGAAGGCGUGCCUGACAUCGGCGAAUUGUGGCCCUAUUACGAGAAAUUAAUUGACAAGUACAUUCCUGGAGUCCUGGAAUGGUGAACAAUCGGUGAAGUUUGGAACACUCAGAGAUGAACCAUUUAAGAACCUUUUACGGCGGAUAACGAGUUACCGGAUGAGCCUUAUCGAUUAAUCUUUCUCCACUGCGAGAAAUAAGUAAUGCAAUAAGUAUAUAUUUAUAAGAGUAACGACCUGGCAAACGUCGAGGAGUGCAGGUGCCUUAUCGAUGCUUCAAACUAAUUACCUGUAUUAACGCACGCAUAGUACUCGUACUCCUGACGCACCGUACAAAAUGGAGUAACGAUUACAAGGUUUACUACCUACUGGCGAACCGAGUUUCACAGUGGAAAUAAAUACUCCAAUUCCUUAAAA